CCCCGAGGGCGCGGCGGCGGCGAUAAGAGAAGGGCCGCCCAUGGCUCAGGGGCCGCGGCCUUUUGCCCUCCCCUCGGGCUGCCCUCCCACCCUGCGGGGAGAAUGCGCGGGCACCGGGGCCACGCAGCACCCAGGAGCGAGGAGACGGCGGUGGAGAGGACAUGAGGCCGGGGGACGGUCGGGCCCUGGGGCCGCUCCUGCUGCUGCUGGUGCUGCUACACUGCGCGGAGCGGCGCCGAGCUAUUGUGAACAGAUCAGUUUCAGAUGUCUGUGCAACUUGCCACAUUCAUGCUACAUGUCAUCAAAUUGAAGGAAAAAGUGUCUGCAUCUGUAAUUAUGGAUUUGUAGGAAACGGAAGAACCCAUUGUCAAGAUAAAGAUGAAUGCCAGAUUGGAGCCAGCAAGAUCUGUGGAAAUUUCACACUGUGUCAUAACACACAUGGAAGUUUUUAUUGUGUUUGCCUUGAUGGAUACCGAGCUUCCAACAACAACAAGACAUUUAUUCCCAAUGAUGGCACAAACUGUACAGAUAUAGAUGAAUGUGAGGAGUCUGGCCUGUGUGGUCACAAUGCAAGAUGUGUGAAUACUGAAGGAAGCUACAAGUGUUACUGCAAUGAUGGUUAUAAAUUAGAGAAUGGAGAGCGUUCUUUUCAUGCAGAUGGGAACAUGGUUUCAUGCAAAGAAAUUGGAUGUGGUUCCCCUCCUGAAAUGAGGCAUGGCUACAUUGUGGGGAACUACAGCUUGCUUCCAGGAAGUGCAGUUCAUUAUGAAUGUGAAGAAGGAUUUUACACCAACAACGGAAAGUUUUCAUAUUGCACUGCAAAUGAAACUUGGGAACCUGCUGCUUUAAGCUGUAAAGGUGUGGACUGUGGGGUUCCCCCUUCUGUUUUAAAUGCCCAUCCAGCAUCUAUAAGUGGGACUACAUAUGGAAGUAAAGUAACUUACAAUUGUGUCCAUGGCUACUUUAUUGCCAGUGGCAACCAGACUGCUGUCUGCAAUGCCAAAGGACAGUGGGAUGGCACUGAUUUGGUGUGCAAAGAGGAAGAAUUAUUCAGUAAUUUGUCUGUAUUCAAUGAAACAUGUGUGAAGUGGCAAAGGAAAACUGGGAGACCAGGAAUGCAGGAAAUUUAUACAUUUCACAUACUGGGCCAAAGAUGGGAUGAGAAGGUGUUCUCAGAAGACGUGAUAUUUAACAUCAGUACAAGUGAAGAUAAUCCCAAGGUGUGUUUAGAUCUCAACUCUGGCAGUAAUUAUGUGGUGAAUAUUACUACCAUCUCUUCCACAAACAUCAGUGUCUCAGUAACUGUAGCAGUUCAAACAAAGGUAAGGGAAGCUUUCAAUAAUAUAUUAAUUUUUAAUGAUACUUGCUUAAAAUGGCAGAGAAAUGUCAGGAGAACUGAUGUGGAAGACAGAUACUCGUUUCACGUGCAAGGCCACCGUUGGUAUCAGAAGGAGUUCUUCCAUGAAAUGACCUUCAACCUUACUACACGCAAGCAGGCUCCAGAAGUUUGUUUUGAUUUGCAGCCAGGCACCAAUUACUCUGUUAAUAUUUCCAUGGUUGCUUUGAAUUUUUCACUGCUUGUUUCACUGACAACAGAAAUCACAGAUCCCCCUUCCCCAGAUGUAGAAUUCAUUGCAGUACGAGGUUCUCCGCCGUUGCUCAGACUGCAGAAAGCAGAAGAUCAAAAUGGACCAAUCAGUCUUUAUCAAGUGAUUGUUCUUCCUCUGGGUUUGCAAAACACUUUUAUUUGUGACACCUUUGCUGCUGCAACUUUCUUUAGUAACACCACUGAUGGUAAAGGAUAUGUGGCAGCUGAAUUUCGGGCGAAAGAUGUUGCUGAUAACAUGUCAAUUGCUCUUGGAGACAGACAAUACUACGGGAAGUUUUAUAAUGCUCCUUUAAAGCUGGGAGAAGAGUAUUGUGUUUUUUUGAGAAUAAUAAGUGAGUGGAAUAAGGUGAGAACACAGUCCUGCGCUGUUUGGGCACAAAUUAGGAAUUUAUCACCUCCUCAGCAGUACAUGACUGCUGUUGGAUUUGGGUCAGUUGCUGCUGUCUGCCUUAUACUGUUCCUGUCAUUCUCGGCAGCACGCUCUUAUCUCCACAGCACUGUGCACUCUUCACCUGCUGCUUUAGCCUGCGAGGCUGUACAUCUAUCUGCUACAAUGGAUAUGGCACAAGCAGGGAUUACAUCAGUCCCAGAGACUGAAAAUGUUUCUCUUCUUUGAUUUGCUGUCCUUGGAAGUCAAUGUAGAGAAAAAGCACUCAUCUUACAAAAGCCAGCAUCUCUCGGGUACAGAUGUAUCUGCAUGGCACACGUGAACUGCAGUGUGGGCAGUUGAAAUGUGUAUGCUACUGGAAGUGAGCUGUUUGUUGUCUCCCGUUGUUUUCAGAUGGUGUGAUAUGUAAAGAACCUUACCUCACAAACAGGUUUCUGUCAGAGAUACUAGCAUGCAUCCCAUGUGUUGGCUACAGGCUUUCAGCUAUUCCAGCCACACAAAUGCCCAACAAUGAGUGUCUCUAUUGUACUUAAUUACAUUAAUAAAAAAUACUGUGGAGACAGUCUGAGGAUCAACUGGCCCAUUAUGAGAGAAAAUACAGAUCAACUCUUAGAUAAAGUGCCUAUUGUAUUUCCAAGCAUGAAGGUAGAAGACUUUCAUCAGUCACUUAUGAGUAAUUGUACUUCAGUAACAAGUACAGAGUUUUUAGCCAUGAAAUUGUCACAUACAGUGUCAGCAACAGAUGUGUUCCAGAGAUACUGCAAUCAUUGCUCAUAGUAAUUAGCAAUAAUUGCAAAUAAUACACCAAUCUAUAAAACUGCAAUUUGCCAAAAAGCUGAAUAGCUUUAAUGGCAUCUGAAACUAAUCUUAAUAAGGAGCUACCUGUGUUAAGUGCAGUUUUGUUAAUCUCUUUCUAUAAUUACAGUUGAGUAAAGCCCUUAAAUCAUUGUUUGGUUAACAAACUGGUGUGUGACAUAUGGUUAGAGUCACUUAAUAAAGUACAAUUAAAUGAUUUCCUAUGACAUAGUCCCAGUUAAUAUUUCUUCCUUCUGUAAGCAAGAAUCAAGAGCCUUUGAUUACUUCUACUCCUGUUUAAAAGUUGCUUUGAGAUGUACUAGCAAAAUCAUUCUGUUAAUUGGUGAAAUAAAGAAGAGUUUUGGUUUUUACUCAGUUUUGUAAUUUUGUCCAAAUUAUAUUUCCUUUUUAGCACUUUGAAUAUGAAUACCCAUUUUUGGAAUUCUAAAUGUUUCUGAUUCCUGCUGGCUUUAUAAUUUUAGAUGUACUGUCUCUU